AUGUCGGAUAAUUUAUCCCACUCCAUUACCAACGCCAUCCUGGCAUUUAGCCACACCCCCGAUUUUUCACAUCCCAAGGCCUCUGAGGAUAGGCCGGUGGCCCAUAGCAGCCAUAAGGCUACAAAUAAGACCCACAAUGUGGGUGAGCAUACCUCCAAAACUGAAUUGAUGGACAGGUUGUGUCCUGUUACCACUGAGGACAUGGGGCCCCCACGAAAAAGAGCCACCCGCCGGGCAAAAGCAGAGCAGACAUGGAAAAGGGCAAAAGCCCUAACGGAGUCUUCCGACUCUGGUUCGGAUUCUCGAACGAGUGCG